AUGGAAGCCUUCUGUGGAUCAUGGAAAUUGAAGGACAGUGGGGACUUGGAGCCGAUUGCCAAUCGCCUAGGGGUUAGCAUACCCUUGAAGGACAUAGCCGAGUUGCUAAACUCGGUAAUGACAAUUUCGCCUGUUGGCGAUGGCUACAGCAUGAAAAUUAGCACCGGCGGGAUGACGUACGAAGUGAAGUACAAGUUGGGCGAGGAAUUCGACCACGCUUCACUUGAUGGCCGACCUUUAAAGGCAAGCAUUUGUUCUGUGAUUACAUUUUGCUGUGAGGGUUUUUCUGAAAUAGCUGUUUCGCAACAUUUAAUCAAAUGACGUUUCCUUCAGAAUACAAGCGCUUAAAGAGUACUCUUAUCAGCAAUGUCCACCGAAUAUAAUAGUCAACGUAUUUCUCUCAUCGCCUUUGUCGGAAUGCAUGCGUUACCAUAUUCGACCGUCAUGCAUAAGGCACAUCGUGUACAUGAGACUUCAUUGGAUGCAUGAAUCAGUUAGUUCUCUUUCGAUUCAUUUCCACCAUGUUUACUCCAUGUUUUAAACUAUACCGCAAUUUAAGAUGAAAACCGCCUCUUCGUCUACUGAAAGUAGUUCUUACACCCGCUUAUUAGAACCUACAAAUUGAACUUGAUUGUUGGAAUGCUUAAAUACACCAAAGGGCAAAAUACAACAUUACUAGUCAUUCAACAAUUUUGAAACUUUUUCCAGACAAGCCAAACGUGUUACACCUCAAAGGAGGCGUGUAAGCACAUGCAUAACUAAAAGUGAAACCUAUAGUUAAUAAUCCCCCUCAUCGAACUUCCAAAAAUGGAUACAAAUAAUGUUUCAAAAUUCUUCCAAGAUGAGCUACGUGUUUCCGACAAAUGCACACAUCGUAAAACAUGUUUAACAGUGUGUUUGUCUCUCGGGAUGUCAGCGAAAAAGGACGGAGCGGAAAUUGUUUUUGAGAGCGAAUAUGCCAACUUUUGAUGAAACAAAACCCCCCAACUAAGGCUAUCAGGUGGAAGUUAUGAACUAAUUCAGUAAUUAUCGACUAAGCGCACCAAAACUGCGCGUGUUAUACAGUCCCGCAGGUGAGCAACCUAACGUGAAACCCGAAAGGUCAUUGGCAUGUAGAUUAUUUAAAAACGAAGGACAUUGUGCCAGCCCGUGUUCAUUCAAAUGACCCCUGUCAUUUCCUUUUCUAUUAAAAUUCUGCACUUCAAUUCCACACCGUUAUAAAGGGCAUCUGUAAAUACACAUAUAGAGGCGCGUUGAAUGCUCUACGCUGCCAUCUUAGUGCACUUUAUUGUCUACAUUGAAAAAAAUUCUAUUUCGCCAUUCUUGGCUUUCACACGUAAUCGCAAUUUUUUUAAUAGCGGAUCAGUCACAAGAAGGUGCUACGUGACACAUUUCCGUGGGAGUGAGUAGCCCAUCAUCAGCUGAUGACUUUGUUUUACGCGGCCUAUCGACUUUCACCCGUUUAACCAUUCAAACUUCAUAAAGUCCUGCUGUGAGAAUACCUGGCUCAUUCUUAUCUACUCAGAGACAUCUCAACUGACAAACUUUGAAUUGAUGUGGACUCUGAGACUCUUGACUUCGCAAAGAAAACGGCGGUAUAGUUUUUUUUUUUAGCAAAAGCAUAAUUAACAAAAAUAGAUUUGCAUCUUUCUGUUCCUAUGCUUUGCCGGUUUAGUACACCCAGUGGCCGUCCUCUUGAAAUUUUGACCGUAAUUCUUAAAUAGGUUUUUGAUCAGUAAGGCUUUCUUGAAUGGAGUUGUAACCCUGAUUAUCGUGUGACAUAAUUUGAUGAAAUUUCUGUCGCGCAAGAUGUUGGCCCUCUUUUAGGCCGCCUGACGAAACUCCACGUGGGAAAAGAUGGCUGUUUAAGUAGCGUGAAAUCUUUCACUCAUUAUCAAUACUCUUAUAGAUUUAAAUGUGCUUUUAUAGAAAACGUGUUCAAAAGGAUGCUUUCUUUUACCCUUUCCGUAGCAAACCACGUGUCUGUGAUUUUGUCGCUGAAAUGUUUCCAAUUACCGAUCAAAUACGAGCCAUGUCUGUUGUUUCUUUUACUUGUCGGCCUUCGAAUCUAGAAGCUCUUCAUUUUCAAUGCAAGACAACUCCCCCAUACCUCGAUGCCAUUAUGAAAAUAUCAUUUAGGAGUCGAAAAGAUUGCAAUCAAUGUGGACAGUGCUGUAUACUUUAAAAUAGGCAUUAACAAACGGACUGAUUCAAUGCUAUGUGAAUGGGCACCUAGAGAUUUUAAAAUAUAUCAUAAUUGUACACUUUGAAGCAAACUGUAUCCUUUUUCCAGGAAUGGCGUGCAAAAAUAGAUGUUUUGUCACCAGCUUGGUAAAAAACUGAUUUGGGCAUAUUUUAUUCAGAAUAUAUCUGACUUCAUAGGGGCAUCAAGAAUAAACCCAAACAAUUCUAUACGAUCUAGGUGCCUACGUAUAGCCAAUUGUGAUUUUGCUGGCCGCCAAAACAACGUACAUUUCAAAAACAAUCUCCUGGGGUGUCCAAAACAUUGCAGGAAUAUGCUGAGCACUAAUCUAUUAUCAAACGCCACUUAUAUAAUCACAUUACAUUCCCGAAUUUCAGUUACCGCUUCACGAGUUCAGUCCAUUAGCACCCAAAUUUGUGCUUCUAUUUUUGCGAAGCUGGGGGCGAAUAUAAAGAGCGCCUACAGAAUUCUAACAGACACCGGUUGUAACAAAACCGAACCAAAAAUGGCGUUUGCGCUUUAAACCCCUAUGUUUCUCAUCACUUUAGACAAUAAUAACACUGGAAGGCAAGACGCUGAAGCAGGUUGACAAGGGAGACAAGCUCAUGACGAUGGAGAGUGUGGUGGAGGGUAAUACGCUAACAAUGGUAAGUAAUCUUUCUGCGCUUCCUUUUUCACAUAAAAUAAAAUACAGAUGAGUGGAUCUGCGUGAUGGCCGAGGAUGGUCGAGUUCACAGAAGACGGAAUGUAUAGACAUAUACAGUAUGUGAGCUAACUCAUGAAAUGUCAACCUAAAUUCCGAAAUACGUUUUCGUUUCGAGAAGAUUACUUCAGUAGGUUUGUAAACCUAGUCAGCCAGCAACAUAAUUCUAUAAUAUUUCAGUUACCUCAGGACGCCGGCUUUCCAACGAACUUUCUUCCAGCUGCAUGCAAGAAAUACACUCUGUGAAGAAUGACGUCUUAUGUAGCAUGCAUUUUUCUCAUUGAUUUUCGAUACCCCUAAAAGUCCAAUUAUAUUUCAUGGAAAGCAUGUAUAAAAAUAUUCAUUCAUUCACUUAUUUGACAGACAAUUACGUCUUCGUUGAAUCUAAUACUCGAAGGUAGAGAAUAAUUUGGUUUUAUUAAACUUUUCUUUUUUUCUGAAUAAUUUUGAAGCCACUUUACCGUUACAUUUGGAUUCAGGGGUUCGAAACUACAAGCCGUAUAUUUUCCGCGUACGGAAAACCACACAUUUCUCUACGCAAAUGAAGGGGGAUCAUAUAGGGUUCAUAAAAUUUAGAAGUGCACUUGAUCCAUCUCGUUAGCUUUACGAGCCACAUUGGUCAAUGCAGAGACAUGACGAUUAAUGAACGGCCAUUUUACGGUAUUUAAAGUUUUCAAAGCCGAAUUAUGUCCUACCUUCGAGUAUAAAAUUCGAAGAAGAUGUUCUUAUCUACUGAAUAGGCGAAAGAGUGAAUAUUUGUAUGCAUGCUUUUCAUGAAAUAUAAUUGGGUUUUCAGGGGUAUCGAAAAUCAAUGAGAAAAAUGCAUGCUAUAUAAGUAGUUAUUUUUUACAGAGUGCAGUCUUUGCAUGCAGCCGAAAGGAAGUUCAUUCGAAAACCGGCGUCCUGAGGUAACGGAAAUAUUAUAGAAUAGUGCUGCAGGCUGACUAGUUUAACAGCCCUAAUUAAUUAAUCUUUUAGAAACGAAAACGCAUUUUGGAAUUUCGGUUGACAUUUCAUGAGUUAGCCCAGUACUGUAUAUAAUAGGGUAAUCGAACGGACAUACAGACCUGCGCGAUUUAUAGCCAAACAACCGCUAAUGUGAUAGCUGUCUGUGGGAGACUGAACUGCUUUAUGCAUUUUAUGUAACUCUUUAAACGGCUUUCAUGAAUGUUCUUCAGCCCAGUUCAGCUAAACGGCAAACACACAUAAGAAUGGGGCAGAAAGUCUUUUGCUGCUGACAACCGUAUAAUACUAAUACGCCCUGACUUGACUAUGGUCAUCUUUCAUCAGAUAGGAUGACAACAAAUGCAUUUUAUUCCGCUUUAUCUCAAAAGAAUGUAACUGCGGCCACUAUUCCGCCUAAACCGUACCUACCUGACAGACUCGAACAGUGCCAUGUAGUGCUGCCGGGUGCGGUCCUCGAAUUUAGAAAACUGCUGCUGUCAUAGCUAACUAUCAAGGAUCUUUUAUGCUUGCCGUAUUACGACAAUCGCAAUACUGCGAGAUCCCGUCGGUUCGAGAAACCUUGGGGCAAAACCUAAUGGUCAUGCCGUCGAUCAGAGGGCGUACAGAUUGAUUGCCGGAGAUUAGUGUAGCAAAGCAUGCAGGCAUAACCCAAAAUUGAGUUGACUGCCACAGUAUAAUAACCAGCAUUUUUGUGGCCUUGAUGCUCAAAAAUACAUUUAUUCAAAAAACGCAUUUCUUUUCUAAUUUGCAGACUGCACGACUGGAGGAACUGGUUUGUGUUCGACACUACACCCGUUGUUAA